AUGACGGACAUGGAGGUCCUAUUGAUCCGGAUCGAUCACUUCCGAGAUCGUAUUAAAUACAUUUCAAUCCUUCGUACAUGGCUACUGGAGCUUCAAAUUAUUAAUGGUCGUAUCAUUACUAUGGGCUCGAAUCUACAUUUUCUAUUUGUCGUUGCAUUGGAGACCCAAAAUUCGCAGUUACUGGAAUUCUAUCGCUCUCGAGUCAUUGAUAUUAAUAAUCGGGGGGAACCUUGUGUGGACAAGUUUAUUGACGUCUUGGGGCGUAAGAAAGUGUCAAUGAGAAGUAGUUGUAAGGGUUUUACCGAGAUGAAUGUAUUGAGUCCGAUAUUACUGCAGAAAGUAUUAGUGCAAGAGUGGAAAGUAGAGCAAGAGUGGGUAGAUACAGCAUUGGCAAGUACACGGACGAUGGCAUUUUUAAAGUGGAGAGAUGCAGCAAAAGCUGCACGAAGAGAGAGAAGAAAACGAAAUGGACAGUUGAAGCAACAGGAGAGAGAUGCGAAACGAAUAAAACAAGAAAAAGACGUCAUGGAAAAGAAACAAGAAGAAGCACAUGAUGAUGACGUGAAAGAAGAGAAAUCAAUGACAAGUGCAGAGGAUUGUAAGCAACAGCCACUGAAAGAGCAGGAUCAAGACCUGAAAGGGCAGGAUCAAGACGUGAAAGAGCAGGAACAAGACUGGAAAGAGGAGGAUCAAGACCUGAAAGAGCAGGAACAAAACGUGAAGCCGCAACCUUUGGGUCAAAAGAAGAAAACGAGGAAGAAGAGAAACAAGAAGCAGUCAGUGGCAAGUACUUGA